UGCUUGCUCGCGACGGCUGGUUUUCCCAUCAGCUUCGUUCCUUUCCCUUCUUGCUUGUAUUCUACUUGACCUUGAUUUCGCUGCCCCAUAUAUGACCGUCCUGUCCACCUGGACCUGCUGUUCAACCCUCGUCAUUCCACACUCCCUACCUCGCGUGUCAUACGGAGGACUCCGCUAGGAUUGCUAUCGUGGCUUGAUUGACAGGAUCGACGUUCGUCGAACCAAACUUUUUUUUCUGAUCAUCCUUUUUUUUCGCCCAUGUGUACCGUCGAUUGUACUUAUUGGACUCGUCUCUCGCUUCUCAAUUGAUCUCGCGAUCACGGCUCUUACAAGAUGAAGAUCCACCACAUCUCUUCGCCGCUUCUCCUUCUCCUCCUCCCUGCGCUCUCGACUGCCCUUACGGAUCCCGCUUCCAGCAAUGACAGCUUGAAAGACACGCUUUACGCAAAAAACGAGGCCUCCGUCCCCAAUACGGUCGAACUAGAUGCAGCCGCCGCACCCAAGGCCGCUAAAGGGACGCUGGACGCCCCUAUCGAUGGUAAAGAUGGCCGACCACACGCCGGUCCAUGGGUGGAAACCAGUGCGGAGCGGGAUCGCAAGAAAACUGGCUCGUCCAGCUUGCCUGAAGAAAAGUCAAACACCGACUCCAAGUCCACAGAACAGUUGGGUUCUGAUGGGAAGCCAAUCCCUUAUUCAAAUGAUGGUGUCAUGGACGAUCCCAAUCGCGCAGGUCCAAAGGAAGGUACCCGGGGAACAGAAGGUGGCGUCUCGGAGAAAUUGAGAGAGGUGUACCCCGCGGAAAAGACCCCAGGGAGUCCUAAGGAAGCACCUCCGCUGCCACACAGUGAGCAGCAAAAGCUUCCAAUCCAGGAAGAGGACUCACAGGCGAAGGACGCUAAGAGCUCGAAUCGAGACUCAAACUUGGGCAAGCUAGAGAAACCUGCGGACCUGCCCGAUAAGCCACAUGAUAUCCCACCUCCCAAGUCUCCGGCAACAGUGAAAGAUAGCCCUCUUGGUCUCGAUAAGCAUGGCUCUUCAGAUGGUUCCUCUAGCGAGCCGCUAGAGGAGGGAACAGCACUCCACUCAUUGAUCUUCUCCUUCACCAUGAUUAUCGUCUCCGAGAUUGGCGACAAGACCUUCCUGGUGGCCGCUCUGAUGGCAAUGCGCCAUCCACGUCUGAUAAUUUUCACCGCCGCUUUCUCCGCCCUGAUCGUCAUGACGGUUCUUUCGGCAGUUUUGGGGCAUGCAGUGCCAACACUCAUUCCCAAAUCUCUGACAAAAUUGCUGGCGGCAUUGUUGUUCUUUGUGUUCGGGCUGAAAAUGGUCAAGGAAGGCCGUGAGAUGUCGCCAGACGAGGGUGUUGGUGAGGAAAUGAAAGAGGUCGAGAUGGAACUGGAAGAGAAGGAACAGGAGCAGCUGCGCAUGAGCCGUCGUCGCUCUUCUGUGACUCCGCACUCAUUAGAAGCUGGCCGCGUUGGACGACGCAAGUCCGCCUCAUCCGGCAACCGUCUCCCCUCGCCCCCCGAGAGUGUUUCGUCCUCAUCGUCUCGCGGUUCAUCCCCUUCCCGUAAUCGGUGGGGAGGUGUCCUUGUAGGCAUGAACAAUCUGUUUUCUCUCCUUCUCAGCCCCGCCUGGGUUCAGACUUUCGUCAUGACCUUCUUGGGCGAGUGGGGUGACCGCAGUCAGAUCGCAACGAUCGCAAUGGCCGCCGGUCAAGAUUAUUGGUGGGUGACUAUCGGUGCUAUCGUCGGGCAUGGACUCUGCACUGCUGCGGCAGUCAUCGGAGGAAGUGCUAUUGCCGGCAAAGUCAGCAUGCGUGUUGUAACACUGGGUGGCGCCACGGCAUUCCUGGUCUUUGGUGUCAUCUACUUGUUUGAGGCCAUCUACUAGACCUUCAUCUGCUCCUUGCUUAUUGGCAUGCUGGGUGGCUUUCUUCAGUAUAGAUUAUAUGAUAAUGGUGCAUGUAACAUGGAAACCUUAG